GCUCAGGCUGAUGCCACUCUAUUUAUCAUGGUCGGCUCCGAUUCUCACAAUCCGGAUAAAACGGAUAUAGAGGCGUAUAUUCUGAGUGAAUAUAUACCCGCCAAGCCGCUGGACUGCAAUCUGGAGGUGUGCUUCACAGGCGAGGAGCAGUUAAUCAGCGAAACAUGUGCCCAACUAAGAUGCGGCGAUGUCUUGAAGUUUCCAUUCGCCCGCUCGGACGCGGCACGACCAAUGCCGGCAGCGGUAAAGGGAAGCAACGUGCUUGUGGCCGCCGAUAUGGCAACUGGGACGAAGCGCGUGGUAGAGCUAGUACUAGAGUCCACAUUUGAAUAUCAACCAGGAGACACCAUCGGAAUUAUGCCAAGUAACAGUCCGGAUGUGGUGAAUGCGUUGCUUUCUCGGCUCGAACUUAAGGUCAAGGCUGAAGCCACCUUUUAUCUGAAGCUGGUCCUGAACUGCGCCAAAAAGAACGCCAAGGUACCCGCACACAUACCGCCGAUGACGACUGCACGGGAGAUCCUUACACACUGCCUGGCCCUCGGAAGCGUUCCACAAAAGCAGUUCCUCAGUGCCCUGGCCGGUUUUACAAGCAACGAACGGGAGCGUAGCUUUCUGGCCUGCCUGUCCUCAAAGCAGGCUACAGCCCAUUACAAUUCUCUUAUCCUGGAGCAAGGUUUGAAGCUGUCGGACAUUCUUGACCUCUGCGGCAGCUGUAAGCCACCGCUGGCCUUCCUGGCAGAGCAUCUGCCACGUCUACUGCCACGGCCUUACUCUAUAGCCAAUACUCCCUUGGAUAGCGAUGCCCAGGAGCUCCGUAUCAUUUACUCCCUGCUUAGCCACAAGCCCGGAGUAACAACCAGCAUGUUGGAAGGAAUAGUCCAGCAAGUCAAUAAGCAGUCCGCCAAAGUCUUCAUCUAUCCUCGGCUGAGCAACACAUUCCGAUACACAGAGCAGGAUCUCUACAGCAACCAAAUACUCAUAGCCGUGGGAACUGGCCUGGCCCCCUUCCUAGGCUUUCUGGGACACAAGGAAAAACUUCUGAAGCAGCAAAAUCAUCAUAACAAGGGUCAGUCCUGGCUGUACGUAGGUGCCAAGACACCAGAGGCCAUACUGAAGAGAGAUCAGCUGCUGGCCUGGCAGCAAUCCACGGUGCUAUCGCGAUUACGCACUUGUUAUUCUCGUGGGGAAUCCCCGUGCUAUGUCCAAAAGCUUCUGGAGGAAGAUGCUGAAGAGCUAGCCGAGCUUCUGCUGAAGCCAGAUACUGUGCUCUAUGUCUGCGCCGAUGGCGCCAAGAUAUCUCAGUCAAUCGCCAAUGGCUUAAGUGUAUGCCUGCAAAAGACGCUUAAUCUUAAUGAAGAAGAGGCCCUGCGCCGCCUUAAGGAACUAAAGACGCAGGGCAAAUAUCGCGAGGACGUGUGGCUGUAGGAUUACAGGAGCAGUAAAAAUAGCACUAAUCAAGGAGUCUUUAUGUUUUUAUAUAUUAAUGUUACUGUAAUCUACUUUCUUUUACUUGAGUUUCUUUUGUAAAUCUUGUUGGGUAAAUAUAAGAGCGAAUUAGGUUGAUAUAUUACUAUUGUUUUUAUGUCAGAGAAUUAAAUCCAGUCGUGUAGAGAGCUCGAGAGUUUA